AUGGAAAGAAAGACACCACUACUUCGCCUCUUUGUUGGACCGCCGGCGCGAACACAUUGGUCGGGGUGGCUGGUGGUUUCGGGAUCCCGUAGAAAUGCGUCUUUUAUGCCUCGGGUAUUAGCCACAGCUCGUAUUCAUUCAGUAAUUCUACCCCUUCUUCAUUAUUGGACCUCGCUUCUGAAUAUUUUGACUCUUCCAUGCUGUGUCUCAGGAACCUUUUCAAUACGGUCCGGAUUGCUAGCUCCCGUUCAUAGUUCUGCUACAGACGAUACACGAGGAAGAUUUUUAUGGCGGUUCUUCUUUCUAAUUACAGGCAUAUCUAUGACUCUUUUUUACCAGAUGAAGCAGGAGGCAUCGGUCCGUAGAACCUAUAAAAAAGACAUGGUUGUGGCGCGAAGUACUCUUGUGCACCUACGUCACUCGGCUCGCGCGCAACCCCGCCCCGUUAUGUUAUGGAAUAAUUUCGCUUCUUGCUGGGCUGGUUAUUCAGAGCCAGCAACUGGCUGCCGGAUUUUGUCCCGUCCGUAGCGCUUCGGAAGUCACUCUGGCGUGGCGCUGCUGGAUACUUCUGAUCAAUAGGAAUAGGAGGAAAAAAAAGCUUAUGAUGAGCAUCUAUUGGAGUCGAUCAUUUCCAAGAUCUAAUUCGAGUUUCUUAUUAUGUAGUGGAAACGCCUCACAAUCUUCUGUUUUACGCUUACGCUUAAGGGAAGAAAUGUUCUUGGUGGAUGCAGGCCUUGGUACCCCCAAAAUUUGUAUGCAAGAUGAGCUUACAGGACUGCCAAUCAAGCGAGCCACCAGGUUUGAGAAUAAGGUGGGAUCCAAGAAUGUAGUGGCUGGUGAAUCACUGAUCAAAAAGCGGAUUUUUGAGAGAUUCUUCAUCGAUCUAGUGGCCGGUGAAUCACUGAUCAAAGAGCGAGCAGCCGCCAGGUUUAAUGAUUUUGUGGGAUCCCUGGAUGUAGCGGCUGGCGAACCGCUUCUUCUUCCACAAAGAUUCAGACAAAACCGAGCUUGGA